AUGAACCCGAGCCCACCGUUCGGGGCCCGGACGGGCGGCUCUCCCCGGGGCGCGGCCGGGGCGGGCGCGCGGCGCAACGAGAGCCAGGACUACCUGCUGCUGGACGCGGCGCUGGGAGAGGACGGCUGCGCGCAGCCCCCGCUGCCGCCCUCCGGCUACUACCCCAACGUCCGAGGCACCGACAACAGACUGGCCCACCGGCGGCAGACAAUUCUCCGGGAGAAGGGGAGAAGGUUAGCUAACCGAGGACCAGCAUACAUGUUUAAUGAUCGCUCCACAAGCCUAUCUGUGGAGGAGGAACGCUUUUUAGAUGCAGCUGAAUAUGGCAACAUCCCAGUGGUGAGAAAGAUGCUGGAAGAAUGCCUCUCACUCAAUGUCAACUGUGUGGAUUACAUGGGCCAGAAUGCCCUGCAGUUGGCAGUGGCCAACGAGCAUCUGGAAAUUACAGAACUUCUACUCAAGAAAGAAAACCUCUCUCGUGUUGGGGACGCCUUGCUUCUAGCUAUCAGCAAAGGUUAUGUGCGGAUCGUGGAGGCCAUUCUCAGUCAUCCCGCUUUUGCUGAAGGAAAGAGGUUAGCAACCAGCCCCAGCCAGUCUGAACUCCAGCAAGAUGACUUCUAUGCCUAUGAUGAGGACGGCACCCGCUUCUCCCACGACGUGACUCCAGUCAUUCUGGCCGCCCACUGCCAGGAAUAUGAAAUUGUGCACACCCUCCUGCGGAAGGGUGCUCGGAUUGAACGGCCUCACGACUAUUUCUGCAAGUGCAGCGAAUGCAACCAGAAACAGAAACAUGACUCCUUUAGCCACUCCAGAUCUAGGAUUAAUGCCUACAAAGGCCUGGCAAGUCCAGCUUACCUGUCUUUGUCUAGCGAAGAUCCGGUCAUGACGGCUUUAGAGCUUAGCAACGAGCUGGCAGUGCUGGCCAACAUUGAGAAAGAGUUCAAGAAUGACUAUAAAAAACUGUCGAUGCAGUGCAAAGAUUUUGUUGUUGGACUCCUUGAUCUGUGCAGAAAUACCGAAGAAGUGGAGGCCAUUCUGAACGGGGAUGUUGAAAUACACCACAGUGGCCGAGACCACAGUCGUCCAAAUCUCAGCCGUUUAAAGCUUGCCAUUAAAUAUGAAGUAAAAAAAUUUGUAGCCCAUCCAAAUUGUCAGCAGCAGCUUCUCUCCAUAUGGUAUGAGAACCUUUCUGGCCUGAGGCAGCAGACGAUGGCAGUCAAGUUCCUCGUGGUCCUUGCUGUUGCCGUGGGACUGCCCUUCCUGGCUCUCAUUUACUGGUUUGCUCCGUGCAGCAAGAUGGGGAAGAUCAUGCGUGGACCAUUCAUGAAGUUUGUAGCACACGCAGCCUCCUUUACCAUUUUUCUGGGACUGCUAGUCAUGAAUGCAGCUGACAGAUUUGAAGGCACCAAACUCCUUCCUAAUGAAACCAGCACAGAUAAUGCAAAACAGCUGUUCAGGAUGAAAACAUCCUGCUUCUCAUGGAUGGAGAUGCUCAUCAUAUCCUGGGUAAUAGGCAUGAUAUGGGCUGAAUGUAAAGAAAUUUGGACUCAAGGCCCCAAGGAAUAUUUGUUUGAGUUGUGGAAUAUGCUUGAUUUUGGUAUGUUAGCGAUCUUUGCAGCAUCAUUCAUUGCAAGAUUCAUGGCAUUUUGGCACGCUUCCAAAGCUCAGAGCAUCAUUGAUGCAAAUGAUACUUUGAAAGACUUAACAAAAGUCACAUUGGGAGACAAUGUGAAAUACUACAAUUUGGCCAGGAUAAAGUGGGACCCCUCUGAUCCUCAAAUUAUAUCUGAAGGUCUUUAUGCAAUUGCUGUGGUUUUAAGUUUCUCCAGAAUAGCUUAUAUCUUACCAGCAAAUGAAAGCUUUGGACCUCUGCAGAUAUCACUUGGAAGGACAGUAAAAGACAUCUUCAAGUUCAUGGUCAUCUUCAUCAUGGUGUUUGUGGCCUUCAUGAUUGGAAUGUUCAACCUCUACUCCUACUACAUUGGUGCAAAACAGAAUGAAGCCUUUACAACAGUCGAGGAGAGUUUUAAGACACUGUUCUGGGCUAUAUUUGGACUUUCUGAAGUGAAAUCAGUAGUCAUCAACUAUAAUCACAAAUUCAUUGAAAACAUCGGUUAUGUUCUUUAUGGCGUCUAUAACGUUACAAUGGUCAUUGUUUUGCUAAACAUGUUAAUUGCAAUGAUCAACAGUUCAUUCCAGGAGAUUGAGGAUGAUGCCGAUGUGGAAUGGAAAUUUGCAAGGGCCAAACUUUGGUUUUCCUACUUUGAGGAGGGAAGAACUCUUCCUGUUCCCUUCAACCUGGUGCCAAGUCCGAAGUCCCUGUUUUAUCUCUUACUGAAGCUUAAGAAAUGGAUAUCUGAGCUGUUCCGGUGUCAUAAAAAGGGUUUCCAGGAGGAUACUGAGAUGAACAAGAGAAAUGAAGAAAAGAAAUUUGGGAUUUUGGGAAGUCAUGAAGACCUUCCAAAAUUAUCACUUGACAGAAAACAGCUUGAGCAUAGUAAAGAAUCAAGUUUAAGAAGUUCAGAAGAUUUCCAGUUAAAUAGUUUCAGUAAUCCUCCAAGGCAGUAUCAGAAAAUAAUGAAGAGGCUCAUUAAAAGAUAUGUUCUGAAAGCCCAGAUCGAUAAGGAAAGUGACGAAGUGAAUGAAGGGGAACUGAAGGAAAUUAAACAGGACAUCUCAAGUCUCCGCUAUGAACUCCUGGAAGAAAAAACUCAGAAUUCAGAAGAUCUAGCAGAACUUAUUAGAAAACUUGGGGAGAAAUUACCAUUGGAACCAAAGCAAGAGGAAAGCAAGAGAUAAUGCAAAGACUUCCCUAAAAUCCAUAUUUAUUUGUCCACUUGAAACCAUAUUAUUUUCUGAUUUAUUUUUUUAAGUGCCAAUGUGACCACCUUUUAAACAAGAAAAUGUUCAAAGAUAACUUGGGUCCUGCUGUCAUCUAGUUCCCGAUCAUUUAAUAUUUUUCAUGGGUA